GACAGACAUGCCGAGGUCUUUCCUAGUGAAGAGCAAAAGGGCCCACAGCUAUCACCAGCCCCGGUACCUGGACGAUGGCUACAGCAGACUGGACACUAUUCUGGCUAACGUGUGCGCAGGUAGGUUUUCUUGUGCGUAAUUACGCACGACAAUUGUUGGAUAACUCCAGUAAGAGCGUGAAUCCUAUCCUACCCCAUCCUAUUUUCCACAUCAAAAUUGAAUUAUUGUCCCUCUAUCUACAAAUAGACACCAGUUGCACAUUCGGUCAGUUUAAUUACUGUGUUCUGCUGUCAUUAGAGACAAAAUCUCAGGCGGAGUUUGAGUCCAACUCGGAGCCGCAGGAGGAUGUGAGCGCCGGCGCUGACAGACUGUCCCCCGGUUCCAGGCUGCUGUCCCCGGGGUCGCUCUCCUCCAGCCCCCCUCUGAGCUGCACAGGCAGCGUGUGUGACCGAUCCUCCGACUGUGAUUUCUGGCGUCCCCCGUCUCCCUCCUCCUCACCAGAUUCAGAGAAAUGCUCCACUCCCUCAGCGGAGGACGGCCACUUCAACAUCCCGAUCUUUCCUUACUCCUGGACGGCGUACUCCGGCUCUGAGCUGAGGCAUCUGGUUCAGGGGCCAUAUCACCGCCACCUCCAGGGCCACAGGGAGCCGCACUCACCCGUCAGCGUAUACGCUGCAGAGGACAGUGGCGCCGAGCCGCAAUACGCACAGCGGGGCCCGGUGGCCGGAUGCUACCAGGACUUUUCUUCAACGGCCCACCAAAUCUGCAGGAUGCGGGAUGUAGACAAGCUAUAUGUGGAUGUAAAUCAGAAGUCCCGCGCUGGGGAGAUCAAGUCUGAAAAUGAUUUGAUUUGCUCUAACAUCGAGUCAAGUGGAUCCUAUAAGUGCAUUACAUGUUGCAAGGCGUUCUCCACACCUCAUGGUUUGGAGGUUCACGUGCGGCGGUCGCACAGCGGGACGCGGCCGUUUGAGUGUGGGAUUUGUGGGAAAACCUUCGGACACGCAGUGAGCCUGGAUCAGCACAGAGCGGUUCACUCGCAGGAAAGGAGCUUCAGCUGUAAAAUCUGCGGCAAAACCUUCAAGCGCUCCUCCACGCUGUCCACGCACCUGCUCAUCCACUCGGACACGCGCCCUUAUCCGUGCCAGUACUGCGGGAAGAGGUUCCACCAAAAGUCAGACAUGAAAAAACACACUUUCAUUCACACAGGUGAGAAGCCUCACAAGUGUCAGGUGUGCGGGAAGGCCUUCAGUCAGAGCUCCAACCUCAUCACGCACAGCAGGAAACACACAGGCUUCAAGCCUUUCGGCUGCGACCUCUGCGGGAAAGGUUUCCAGAGGAAGGUGGACCUGAGGAGACACAAGGAGACGCAGCACGGACUCAAAUGAGCAGACUUCGAUGCUUUAGCAUGAAAUCUUGCACUUUUAUUGUACUCUGAUAUUCAUAUGCUCGUGUUUUAUUUUAUUUUAUUGUUUGUUGUAUUGGCCUACUCUUCCCCUUAUUGUUGAAUGUUAAUUAUUUAGCCUGAGAUAUUUUGGGUGAUUUUAUGGAAAUAAAA